GAGAAGGAAAGGGUGACACAUCUAAUGUGGAGGGAGGAGAGACUGAUGGGCUGACGAAGGGAGGAGAGAGAAUGAGAGCACAGACACCAUAUAUAUAUAUAUACUGUAUAUAUAAGACACGGAUAGAUCUGCACUGAUAGAGAAACCGAUGCCACCGAGUAACCGUGGACUGAUCCAGGGAUGACCAGAGCUGCUCCUCUCUUAUUACUGCUUCUAGUGAUCAGCACUAAUGGGAAAGGUACUGAGGAUGCUUCGGGCCUCACAGAAGUGAAAGGGGAAGAGAGGAGAGACAAUCUAUGGCGAUCCGGUGCCCAAGAGAUGCAGGACCUGGCACAGCUUUCCUGGGAGUACGUGCAGGACCUGCAGUGCUGGUUGUGGCCAGACAAGUGUGAGGAGAAGAUGAGCCAUUCGGAGUGGAGCUGGGACAACUUUGGGUGGGACUCCCUGACAGACUGGUAUGCCAACGUAAUGGGCAGCAGAGAUUAUUCCCGUGGAUCAAUAACUAACAAUCUCACAGGUCUGGAGUGGGACUUGGAUAGGAGAGUUCAUGGGCAGCACCUGGCUGUUAGGCAGAUAUUAACAUCUCUGGAGCGUUUUCUGCAGGAAGGUAACCAGAAAAAGACACUGGCUCUGGCGUUCCAUGGUUGGACCGGUACCGGUAAGAACUUGGCUUCGCGGAUUAUUGCAGAGAAUCUGUACCGGGACGGGCAGCGGAGCCGGUGUACGAGAGUCUUCAUCCCACAGCUGCACUUCCCCCACCUCUCGCAUUUGGAAGCCUACAAGGUCCAGCUUAGAAAGGCGAUUGAGGCGGUCACCUCGCGCUGUGUGCAGCCCUUGUUUGUUUUCGAUGAGGCGGAUAAGCUGCCGGCGCCUCUUCUCCAGUCCCUCUUUCCUCUUACAAACCCAGAGGGGACACAAGACACCAGAAGCAUCUUUAUAUUCCUCAGCGGGGUCGGUGCCAGCAUGAUCAACGAGGUAGCGCUUAACUUCUGGCGAGCCGGACGUCAUCGUGAGGAGAUGACGCUGGAUGAUUUAGAUCGUCCAUUGAGAGCGGCAAUACACCAGAGCAAAGAUCAGUCCCUGACACAUCAUCUGUGGACACUCAAUCUCGUCGAUGAAUUUGUGCCCUUUUUGCCCUUGGAACGCUGCCAUGUAAAGCUCUGUGCUCGAGAUGCUAUAGAGGCCCGAGGCCUGUCUUACAGCGAGGGCGCCUUGGAAUCUGUUAUCCAAGAACUUUUGUUUGUGCCAAAGGAGGAGAAGAUUUUCUCAGCCCAAGGAUGUAAACAAGUGGCCCAAAGAAUUAACUUCAUGAAGCUUUAAUUCCCUGGUGAGAGACUUAAGGAGGUCAGUCAUGACUGAUCAGACAGAGACGCCUUGGCCUUUGGAGUGGAGUCUCUGAAAUAGACAGGUCUGCCCCCAAUGGUCUAAACCCAAUGGGCGAUCCAGUGUACUGGUUUACAAGGCCUACAACACAUAUGCACAUGUUACACCUAUUGUAUUCUAAGUUAUUUAUUGAUAUUUUAUAUUUGUAGAAACCUUUUUACCGGUAAUAAAUAUUUU